GCAUGAUCUCUAAAAAAAUCGUGUUCUUUAGCCCCGCAAUGAAUUCGCGGAAGUGACCGCAUAAUAGAUAGCCUCUACAGUAUUCUAAUGUUCCAGAUAUAAUUGUUUGCGCUCUACUUUAACACUGGGUUUUGUUGUAGGCAUAAACCAUAAAUAUUUGACUGAAACUUGUCUAUUAAUAUCUGUUUGCAUGAACUUAACUUUGAAAUGUUUUAACUGUUGCCCCGCCUUCUACUUCUCAAACCUCGUACUUUCUAUGCUAUCGUGCUGAGAAAACACGGAGGAACAUUGUGCUUUGCGAGCUACCCAUCGCGUGCUGGCAGUGGCGUGUACCACAAUUUGCUUUGCCGAUCAGCUGAGCGAGCAGAAAUCCACUGCGCGAGCAAAACAGCACUCCGCGAGCAGAAGCCCGCUGCGCACGAGCAGGAUUCCACUGUACAAGCAGAGGCGCUCGCUCGCAGCUACAUGUACACCUCUCGGUUGUUGAAUUUGUGCGCGAGUACUUUUAUCAUGCCAGCUGAAGGUUCAUUUUUGCGCGUGUGAAAUAACAUAAUGUGCUCGUGAGCAUGUCUUACACGCUCAUAACUUUUAGCCUCCUCAGUCUAAGUUGUAGUGAUCUUUUAUGUGGUUUUGUCAUUUUUAUUAAUAUAUUUUUUACUUAACUAAUUUUUAUUCCCGUUUUAGUUAACAAUAUCAACACUUGUCAUUUAUAAAUGUAAUGAAAAAUUCAGUUGAUAAAUCUAAUAAUUCUAGAAAUUAAAUAAAAUGUUUGUGGCAUUUAAAUUAAUUUAGUGCCAUUUGAAACUUUAUUAAUUAUUUAUAUCAACUAAUAUUUCUGGACAAAUCCCAAAUGUUUUGAUACUGAAAAUCCAAUGUAUUAAACCACACUUUCAAGAGUUACAGUAUAUAAUUUCUUGGAAUUCUAUUCCCAAUUUCAUAAAUUCGAAUUUAAGGCAUUCUCAAUUAAAUUCUUAAUGGCCCACAACUCAAUUUAAUUUAGAACAAAGAAAUCAUUAAAAUGAACAUGAGAAACAUUUUUGUUUAGUAGGUAUUAUAUGACUCCCAGGCCCAGAGCAUGUUAUAUAAUUAGGCUUACUAUGAAUCGUCAACCUAUCCACUAAUGUGUUUAUGACACUUAAUAAGGAUUAGACACCAAUCUCUGGGACAGCUUUGAGGUAUGAACAUGUUUCUGUAUGCAGCAUAGCCAUGUCAGAUUGUCUCUACAUGUUUAUCAUGAAAUCUACACAUUUCACAUUUAACCCUUUCUUUGGAUGGAGCCACAUGGGUAAGUCUGAUUUUUUGUAUGGGAAAAUUAUCAAUAGGCCUAAAGAAAAAUACAGAGCAGUAGAUAUAUCAACAGGAUUAAAAUAUAGGUCAGCUAACAUGGCGGCAACACAGUGAUUAAUUAUUGGGUGUUAGCUUGACUGGCCUACUGUUAUUUGAUUAAUCUCUUGUCAUUUAAGUAUGCAGUAGGUGGAAUUUGACUCUUCUGUCACUAACUGCAUGUUUUCUGUCUCUUUGCCAUAUUUCUGUCUAUAGUAUUCCUCAGCUGAUUUCCCAAUGCACAGCACAUCCACAUAUAUAGUGCAUAUAGAACCAGUGAUUUGUUGUUAGUUUCUGUUCUGUCCUCUCCCGUCCUCCAUGACGCCGCAGGUUCCAGUGCCCAGACCAUCAUAUUCUCAGGCCAGGGAGAGUCUGGUGAACGCUAUUCCUUCGAAGAUUAUCUGUCUUUUCGCCUGUGGGGGAAAAGACUGUCGAUAUGAAGGUCCAGCGUGCUGGAGCAUAAGCCAGCAGGCCAUUAAAGGUGUCUUCUCGAGCUGGGUGACCGAUGACAUUAUUGCAAUGGCACGACCUUCUACAUGUCUCAUCAAGAGAUACUGCAUCAUAGAGCAGUUCAAACAGUUCAACAUUAAAUCCAUCAUUAAUAUGCAGAUCCCAGGGGAACAUGCUCACUGCGGCCCUCCUCUGGACCCUGGCAGUGGGUUCACAUAUUCACCUCAGAUAUUUAUGGACAGUCAAAUUUACUUCUAUAAUUUUGGGAUGUCUGAUUUUGGAGUGUCGUCUCUGGAGGGGAUGCUGGAUGCAGUGAAGGUUUUGGCCUUCGCUGUGCAGGAAGGAAAGGUGGCUGUUCAUUGCCAUGCUGGACUAGGCAGGACAGGUGUUCUUAUCGCAUGCUAUCUGGUCUACACCUGCCGAAUCAGCGCUAGUGAAGCUGUCCACUAUGUUCGGAUCAGAAGGCCUCGCUCAAUCCAGACUCGAUCACAGAUCAGUCUGGUGUUUGAUUUCGCCCGGCUGGUGGGCUCUCAGCUGGCCCAGUACCCAUGUCUGAAUAUGCGGCAUGGUUCCUCCUUCAGUCUCCGGCAGUAUCUCCUGCGUCAGGCCCUUCUGCUGCACGGGGACGAGGCCCGAACCCUCAAACACACGCCCAAGAUCCUGCACAUCCUCUGCAGCAUGCUGAUCGCUCUCACCCAGGGGGCUCCCAGUCCUCCAGAGGUCCAGAGAGAACUGGAGAAGAGGAACAUCUCGGCCCUGAAGAAGAAAGUGAAAGUGACACUUCUGAAGAGAAACCUGCCAGCUCUGAAGGAAAGGAGAGGCUCAUGUAGAGCGUACUCCUGCGAGUCCUGGGACGAGCCAUUCGGGUUCUUGGAGAGGAAGAGGGACGUCCUUCUAAACAAGCGAAGCUACAGCGAGUCAGAUCUCAGCAAGAUUACUAUUAUUGAGGAUUUUAUGUUCUCACGCUACUCUCCUCAAUCUGGUGGACACCACAAAAUAAGCAAUGGAGAAAUCGUCCCAUCAAAAGAUCAGAGAAUCCCAACAGAAUCCCAAAAGAGUCCUCAAACCCCGAUGACAGACCAGCGCAAUGGGACGACAGAGAAACACAGCCCCAAUCCACCAUCAGCUUCUCACCCACAAAAUGAGAAUGUGAACAAGAAGACAAAAUGUACAACCAAGAAACCUCAGGCUUAUCUUAAAUUCAGCUCAAACAUCGAGUUAAGGCUGGAGCAUCCUACAUCAGCUCAAUCAUCAUUAUCAAGAGCUGUCGCUAAAGCAAUGGCACAACAGCGCCCCCCACUGGACACUGUAUUGAAAAAAGCAGCGGUUUUGCAGGAUGAGCUCAACUUGAGUGAAUGUGGCUGGGCUACACUUGUCAUGGAAACAGAUCCUGACGUUCUGAGCACACUGUUAUGGAUCUGGCUGGACAAACUAAAGGAUCCCGUUCUCAGUAAAGGUGACAUAGAGAGGCUGACCUCAACCUGGCCUGCACAAAACCUGCACAAUAUUUCACUGCAAAAGUAUCAGCGGCACACCAUCUGCUGUUUGCUGGACUGUGUGGGUCAAGUGGCGGUUCGAUGUCCUCAGUUUGAACAUGCUAUACUACAUAGACUCAUACGAGCUUUAACAAGACGCCCUCCAGAGGAAAUAGAGAGAAACAACAUCUUGUUACAGGUCCUUAGAGCUACAAUGAGGGAGCAGUACCUACACAACCACUACCCAAACACUACAACACCAUCACAGUGUUAGGAGCGGUGCUUAAACUAAUGAAACCAAUAAAGCUAUCUAUAUAAAGAA